AUGUCGGGUCUGAAGGGUGUGAUGGGCUUCCAAGGCCCCGUGGGGCCACAGGGAGAAGGUGGCUCAGUUGGUCCCCCAGGCCCUGCUGGCCCCAGGGGAGAGCCUGGCCUGCCAGGAUCCAUUGGAUGCCAAGGUGUCAAUGGCUCUCAGGGAGAAAUGGGUCCCCCUGGCUUGCCUGGCCCCCGCGGUCCCCAGGGACCACAGGGCUUGCAAGGCAGACGUGGCCCCCCCGGCCCCAGGGGCAUGCAGGGUCCAGCCGGGAUGGAGGGAUCUGCUGGUCCCAAAGGAAACCCUGGCACAGACGGUGUCCCCGGGGUGAGGGGACCGCAGGGACAGGAGGGGCCUGUGGGGUUUAUUGGCCUGCCAGGUUCCAAAGGCACCCGAGGAGAGCGGGGCUCUCGAGGUCCGGUUGGAGCCAAGGGGGACCUGGGAGCCAAAGGACACAAGGGACCAGAAGGCUUUUGGGAGCUGUAA